AUGACUGCGACCAUCACGAGCGCUGAGCGCAAGGGGAAGCGCGGCAACAAGUCUGCUGCUGCGCCCGGCGUGAAGUUCUCGACCAUGCCCUUCGCGAGCGUCGCCAGCGCGACGCUGGCCACGAAGUCGGCGCCCCGCCAGUCGAAGUCGACGAUGAAGGAGGUCAUGGGCAAGGCCGCCAAGCGUGCCCUGGGUGGUGGUCUGCCCGGCGCUGCGGCCAUGGCUGCGAACGUCCUGUCGCUGAUGUGGCUGCGGACUACCGUCAACUACCAGUACCGUUACGGGACGUCGACCGCUGAGGCGCUCCGCACGCUCUACGCGGAGGGCGGCAUCCCCCGCUUCUACCAGGGCCUGGCCCCCGCCCUCAUCCAGGGCCCCCUCAGCCGCUUCUGCGACACGGCCUCGAACGCCGGCAUGGUGGCCCUGCUCGACGACAUGGAGGCCACUCGCGACCUGCCCGUCUUCGUGAAGACCAUCGCCUCGUCGGCCGCGGCCGCUGGCUGCCGCAUCAUGCUGAUGCCGGUGGACGCCUGCAAGACCAUCAUGCAGGUCGAGGGCAAGACGGGCAUGAAGACCCUCGCCGGCAAGGUGGCGAAGAGCGGCCCGACUGUGCUGUACCACGGCGCCAUCGCUGCGUCCGUCGCCACGUUCGUCGGUCACUACCCCUGGUUCUUCGUGUACAACGCGCUGAACGCGCGCCUGCCGCAGUACGAGGACAUGCCGCGCCGCCUCGGCCGCUCCGCCCUCAUCGGCUUCUGCGCCUCGGCUGUGUCGGACACGUGCUCCAACUCGAUCCGCGUCAUCAAGACGACGAAGCAGACCUCCGCGGACGCCAAGGGCUACGUCGACGUGGUCAAGAUGGUCAUUGAGAAGGACGGCCUGGCGGGCCUGUUCGGCCGCGGCCUGAAGACCAAGAUCCUCGCCAACGGUCUGCAGGGCCUGCUCUUCUCCGUGUUCUGGCGCCUCGGCAUGGACGCGUGGGCCAAGGCCGAGGCCAAGAAGGAGGCUCAGAAGAGCAAGCGCUUCUAA